AUGGCAGAAAAAAAAUCAUCAACUAAUUCUCAAGAAGACGUACUACAAUUUCUUGAAGAUCUUGAUACCUAUUCUACAAAUCCGUCAACGAUUGAAACUAGAACUGAGGAUGAUGCUCAAUCUGUUCUUGAUUACAUUGAUCAAAUAGUACAAACUUCGACUACUAAUACAAGCGUUAAACAAAGUUCUGAACAGAAACUACAAAAAGAUGAAGCCAGUGGCAGUGAUGAUAAUAAUAAUAGUGGAGCUUGGAGUUGGGGAAAUAUAAUGGCAUCUGCUUCAACAGCCUAUAAAACAGCCAGCACUGUUGUUGAUUCGUCUGUUAAAGGAGCAUUGGCAACAGUCGAAACGGUACGAGCAAACGAAGCAACUAAAAAGUUGGAAGAAAAAGUACGUGAAUAUGUGAAUAAGGAAGCAAUUGAAAAAAUAGGUUCAGAUCUUAAGUCAUUAAGUUUAAAUACACUUACAACAGUUGUUAAUGCGGUAGUUCCACCAAUUUCACAAUAUGAAAUUGUAGAAGUUUGGUUGGCACAUGAUAUGAUUGGAUAUAUUGGAUUGGAAUCAAUCGUUUAUCGUGGAUUUAUAAAGGUAAUGGAACAAGUUGAAGGAGGAGAUAUUAUUGUUAAGAAAGGUAAUAAUAAUGAAAUAAAGAAAGUUAAUAUAACAGAUGAAUCAUAUAGAGAUUUAAAUGUUUGUGAAGGAUUUGUUGAAGCUAUAAAACUUGCAAAGGCAAAUAUUGAACAAACAAUCAAGAAACAUUAUGAUCCCAUUUCAUUAGAAAAAGAAAGAUUAAAGACAAAAGAAUCACAACAAAGAGAGACGCCAUCAAUUACAUGCCCAGUAUUUAUGUCAAUACAACCAACAAAAGCUAAUCCAUACGUUAUACCAACUUUAUCAUCAUCCACACCAUCAACAGAUAAUGUUUCAGAAAAUUUUCUGUUCUUUGUAAUAGUAUUAACAGAUCCAACUCACAAUCUGACCUUCGAAACUUAUUCACAAGCAUUACCAAUUAGUUGGUUAGAUGUAAAAUAUGAAGAAAAUGAAUGGGUAGAAGAUAAAAUGGUUGCAUCAAUAAAACUAGCAGUACAAACAAUUGCUCAAGAUUAUGUUUGGCAUCAAAGAAACUGA